AAGGAAGCGAGCCAGGGGUCCGGCCCGCUCCAGCUCCGCGGCCGGGGGACAUCGGGGAGUAGUACCCGGCCGAGGGAGAGAGAGUGGGCGCCAGGUGCGGACGGCGCGUGCGCGGUGGCGCCGGCAGGUUCUUUAAUGGAGCAAUAAGUUGGUCCACAGACCUGCUUUCAUCUCAUGAUCUUCAGACCCCACCUCUGAAGCCAGGUGACUGCCUACUGUCCAGGUGUGGAGUAGCUGGUCACCUUCGCCAUGUUGGACUUCCUGGCUGAGAACAACCUCUGUGGCCAGGCGAUCCUGAGGAUCGUGUCCUGCGGCAACGCCAUCAUCGCCGAGUUGCUGCGGCUCUCAGAGUUUAUCCCUGCUGUGUUCAGGCUCAAAGACCGCGCUGACCAACAGAAAUAUGGUGAUAUCAUAUUUGACUUCAGCUAUUUUAAGGGCCCAGAGUUAUGGGAAAGCAAACUGGAAGCUAAACCGGAACUGCAGGAUUUAGAUGAAGAAUUUCGAGAAAACAACAUAGAAAUCGUGACCAGAUUUUAUUUAGCCUUUCAAAGUGUUCAUAAAUAUAUUGUAGACUUAAACAGAUACCUCGAUGAUCUCAAUGAAGGUGUUUAUAUUCAGCAAACCUUAGAAACUGUGCUUCUCAAUGAAGAUGGAAAACAACUUCUCUGUGAAGCGCUGUACUUAUACGGAGUCAUGCUGCUGGUCAUAGACCAAAAGAUUGAAGGAGAAGUCAGAGAGAGAAUGCUGGUUUCAUACUAUCGAUACAGUGCUGCUCGGUCUUCUGCUGAUUCGAACAUGGACGACAUUUGUAAGCUGCUGCGAAGUACAGGUUAUUCCAGCCAAUCUGGAGCCAAAAGGCCACCCAACUACCCCGAGAGCUAUUUCCAGAGAGUGCCUAUCAAUGAAGCCUUCAUCAGCAUGGUCAUCGGCCGGCUGCGAUCGGACGAUAUUUACAACCAGGUCUCUGCUUACCCUCUGCCGGAGCACCGCAGCACCGCGCUGGCAAAUCAAGCUGCCAUGCUGUACGUGAUCCUCUACUUUGAGCCUUCGAUUCUUCACACCCACCACGCAAAAAUGAGAGAGAUUGUCGAUAAAUACUUUCCAGAUAAUUGGGUGAUUAGCAUUUACAUGGGGAUCACAGUGAAUCUAGGAGAUGCCUGGGAGCCCUACAAAGCUGCAAAGACUGCUUUAAACAACACGUUGGACCUUUCAAAUGUCAAAGAGCAGGCAAGCAGAUAUGCUAGUGUCAGCGAAAGAGUGCACACGCAAGUACAGCAGUUUCUGAAGGAGGGCUGCUUGAGGCAGGAGAUGGUUCUGGACAACAUCCCAAGGCUGCUGAACUGCCUGAGGGAUUGCAACGUCGCCAUUCGAUGGCUGAUGCUCCACACAGCCGACUCAGCCUGCGACCCAAACAACAAACGCCUUCGUCAAAUCAAGGAUCAGAUUCUGACAGACUCGAGGUACAAUCCCAAGAUCCUCUUCCAGCUACUGUUGGAUACUGCACAAUUUGAGUUUAUACUCAAAGAGAUGUUCAAGCAGAUGCUUUCAGAGAAACAAGCCAAGUGGGAGCAUCAUAAGAAAGAGGGCUCCGAGCGCAUGACCGAGCUCGCUGAUGUCUUUUCAGGGGUGAGACCUCUAACCAGAGUGGAGAAAAAUGAAAAUCUUCAAGCUUGGUUCAGAGAAAUCUCAAAACAAAUAUUGUCUUUAAAUUAUGAUGAUUCUACUGCUGCAGGCAGGAAAACUGUACAACUGAUCCAAGCUUUAGAGGAGGUUCAGGAAUUUCACCAGUUGGAAUCAAAUUUGCAAGUAUGCCAGUUUCUGGCUGAUACCCGCAAGUUUCUCCAUCAGAUGAUCAGAACCAUUAACAUUAAAGAGGAGGUCUUGAUCACCAUGCAGAUUGUUGGAGACCUGUCUUUUGCUUGGCAGUUAAUUGACAGUUUCACAUCCAUCAUGCAAGAAAGCAUUAGGGUAAACCCAUCCAUGGUCACCAAGCUCAGAGCCACAUUCCUAAAGCUUGCCUCUGCCCUUGACCUGCCCCUUCUUCGUAUUAAUCAAGCAAAUAGCCCUGACCUCAUCAGCGUGUCGCAAUACUAUUCGGGAGAAUUGGUGUCAUAUGUGAGAAAGGUUCUGCAGAUCAUUCCAGAAAGCAUGUUCACAUCUCUUCUGAAGAUCAUAAAGCUUCAAACACAUGACAUCAUUGAAGUGCCCACGCGCCUGGACAAAGACAGGUUGAGAGACUUUGCACAGCUCGGCCCACGAUAUGAGGUUGCCAAACUUACUCAUGCUAUUUCCAUUUUCACCGAAGGCAUCUUAAUGAUGAAAACAACUUUGGUUGGCAUCAUCAAGGUGGAUCCCAAACAGCUGCUGGAAGACGGAAUAAGGAAGGAGCUAGUUAAGCGGGUGGCCUUUGCCCUCCACAAGGGGCUGAUAUUCAACCCCCGAGCCAAGCCAAGUGAGCUGAUGCCCAAGCUGAAAGAGCUGGGAGCCACCAUGGAUGGGUUCCAUCGCUCCUUUGAGUACAUACAGGACUACGUCAACAUCUAUGGCCUGAAGAUCUGGCAGGAAGAAGUCUCACGAAUUAUAAACUAUAACGUGGAGCAAGAGUGUAAUAACUUCUUAAGAACAAAGAUUCAGGACUGGCAAAGCAUGUACCAGUCCACUCAUAUUCCAAUACCGAAAUUCACGCCUGUGGAUGAGUCCGUAACAUUUAUUGGCCGACUGUGCAGAGAAAUCCUGAGGAUCACAGACCCCAAAAUGACAUGUCACAUAGACCAGCUGAACACCUGGUAUGACAUGAAAACUCAUCAAGAAGUGACCAACAGCCGUCUCUUCUCAGAAAUCCAGACCACCUUGGGGACAUUUGGUCUGAAUGGGCUGGACAGGCUCCUGUGCUUCAUGAUUGUGAAAGAGUUACAGAAUUUCCUCAGCAUGUUUCAGAAAAUUAUCCUGAGAGACAGAGCUGUUCAAGAUACUUUAAAAACACUCAUGAAUGCUGUCAGCCCCCUGAAAAGCAUUGUAGCAAAUUCAAGUAAAGUUUAUCUUUCUGCCAUUGCUAAAACUCAGAAGGUUUGGGCCGCUUACCUUGAGUCGAUAAUGAAGGUUGGGCAGAUGCAGAUCCUGAGACAACAGAUCGCCAAUGAGUUAAAUUACUCCUGUCGCUUUGACUCCAAACAUCUGGCGGCUGCUCUGGACAAUCUCAACAAGGCUCUCCUGGCUGAUAUCGAAGCCCACUAUCAGGAUCCUUCGCUUCCUUACCCCAAAGAAGACAACACCCUCCUAUAUGAAAUCACGGCCUAUCUGGAGGCAGCUGGCAUUCACAACCCACUGAAUAAGAUUUACAUAACGACAAAACGCUUACCCUACUUCCCAGUUGUCAACUUUCUGUUUUUGAUUGCUCAAUUGCCAAAACUCCAGUACAACAAAAAUCUAGGAAUGGUCUGCCGGAAACCUGCCGACCCUGUCGACUGGCCACCUCUCGUCCUGGGGCUGCUCACUCUGCUCAAGCAGUUCCACGCCCGGUACACCGAGCAGUUCCUGGCGCUGAUCGGCCAGUUCAUCCGCUCCACAGUGGAGCAGUGCACAAGCCAGAAGAUACCCGAAAUGCCUGCAGAUGUUGUGGGUGCCCUUUUGUUCCUGGAGGAUUAUGUUCGUCACACCAAGCUCCCACGGAGGGUUGCUGAAGCACAUGUGCCUAAUUUCAUUUUCGAUGAGUUCAGAACAGCCCUGUAACUUCCUCCUCCUCCUUCACAGAAGGGCUCUCCUACAUCUCCCCAUGACUAAAGUGACUUUGAAAUGAAACUCGACUGCUCAUGUAACUCCAUCACUCCUCCAGUGUGGGGACAUCAGACAUUGCAAAGAUGAUGUCUCCCACCACACUAGUUAAUGGUCAUUAUCAUUUAGAUCAUGGCACUAAAUGCAAUUUACAUCAUCUACAAGCAAAACAUACUUUCGUACCGCCCUUAUAAAGGCAGAGUGUCAUUGUUACAUGUAAACCCUUUUAGUUUUAUGUUCUAAAGAACUUUGUGCAGCUUGGUUUUCAGUAAAAUAGUACUGCCAGUACUCAAGGUUACCCUUCUGCUUAGGACUGCAAAGUUGGAUGUCCACCUUGUAGCAACCCUGCAUGGAAGGGGGAAAUGGCUGCUAGGGACACUAGCCCACCCACUGUAGGGGGAGAGGCACACGGAAUUACACUGUCCAUGGCCCUUGUGCUGUGGGAGUGUCUAGGUGCCAAAGGUUGGCGUCUUGCAGUCACAUACACCCCGAAGUUCCUAGCAUCAGUUCUGUACAGCUCCCUGCCACAAACUCAUCUGGCCUCUUCCUUCCCCUGCAGCCUGUGAGCUGUGCCUCCACAGGCAUGUUGCUAUCCAAACAUGGCUUAAAUGCCUCAAAAUCCUAACUUCUACAUGGAAAUUCUUGUGAAAGGGGAGUGUCUGUCCUACUGGGGUGUCGAACAUCGACAGCUUGGAUGAGACAAGGAAGGUGUUUCUGCCCUGAACCUGCUCUGGAGAACAAAUGAAAAUUAACACCAAAAAUCUGACAACUGGCCAGUCCCUUACUACACGAACUGCGCUGACGAGCAGGGAAGAGGUAAGCUUGUGAGUCCCGGUUCUGUACCUUCUGGCCACACCUGGCCACGCCAGCCUCCUGGGAUCAUCUGCAAAACUAAACCAUUUUUCAGA